AUGGCGCUGUCGAUAUUUGUGCCCAUUGGCUACGUUGCCACGCUGGUGGUGUCGAUGCUGGUGUUCUCCCGAAUCUACCGACGACGAUCAGCGCUGAACCUGGCCAAAUCGUAUCAACCUUGGUUCCCCGAGGGCCACGAAGCACGUGACAUUUACCAAACACUCGUAGCUGCCGACCCACCUGCGCCGGAGGCAGUGCUCAAAGCGGCGCUGCUUAACCGGGCGAUGACAGAUGUGCGCCGGAUCAUGCGUAUGCGCGAUGACAAGCAGGCACUGGGCACGCUGCUGCAAAAAGGAUCGAUCGGCGACGAGACCAUGGCGCGAUUCACUCUGGCGGAAAAGGAGCUGGAGGCGGAGAUCCUGGACGUGGUGAGCGAGGCCAACACGUUCCGGGAAGGAUGGGGACAGCUGAUUUUCCCGACGGCGAGCGAGAUGGUGGCGCACUUGAAGCACAAGGAGAUCUACUACGACAUUCAGCGACAGCGUGCGGCCGAGGUUAAGAGGCUCGAGGACGAGGGCAAGCCGAUCCCGAAGGCUAAUGUGGAGCUGCCACCGUUGGUGACUCCGCCGGGGACCAAGAUCGAGAUCCAGGGUGGUCCGCAGGGCGCACCUGGUGGACCUACGCCUCCCGGAGGUCCCGGAGGACCUGCCGAUGGACCCAACGGCCAGGGCAUCAGCUUGCCCAUGACGGGCUCGGGUGCAGACGCAAGAGUGACGCUGCCCAACGGCCAACAGAUCCACCCGGCUCAGCUCGCGGCGUUGAUGCAGGGACCGCUGCCACCCAACCUACCUCCGCAACAAGCGGCCAUGCUGAUGCAGGCGCGUGCACAGCUCGUGGCGCUGCAAGAACAGGCCAUGGCCCAACAGCAGCAAAAGUCUGCAUCAGUGGAAGCACCAGAGUCGACGACGACGUCUUCGAACCAGCCCGAGGCGGGUAGCGAUGCUGCUGCUGCCGCGACGGCGGCGGCGAAGACAGUUACUGUCGAGGACGGUGAGGAUGCAUGA